AUGCAUAGAGACCGGUUUGGGUCCAUAGAGACAAAGCUUUGGAUUUUACACUUUUUUUCAUCACUUUGGGUACCACAUUCUGCGUCCACAACUUCUCCCCUCAUCCCAACACUUCAGCUGCACUCCAGAUCCACUGCCUCAGCCGUCCUGGUGUGUCGAACCGCCGCCGGUCACAAAGGAUUUCAGUUUGUUUUGUACCGAGUGAGAGAAAAGGUGGAGUCCCGGGAUGUGCCGCUUGGUGCUGAAGAGGUGCUCUUCACUGUCAGACUGUCAGACCACUCUCAACAUGAGCUGUACUGUUGUUUGUAUAAAACUGUGGAGGGAUACAGCACGUUCAGCCCAUAUCUGCAGCUGGACAUGCAACAAGAUGCUGGUCCAAUCAGACCUCUUCAGCCUUCACCAGACCCUCCAGUCCUCUCAGUGGAGCCCUUUAAUGGACUGGUAAAACGCGGAGCAAUGCUUUCGUUCCGUUGCUCUCUUCCGCCUCCUCUGCCUCAAUACCAAGCAAAUCCAUACAACAGCCCGUUGUCCUUCCUGCUGCUGAGAGGAGCAGCUGUGGACUCCAAAGGUUUAACAUCAGUCGCACCACAAGCUCAGUCCAGCUUCUCGUCGAGCCCCGAGCCCCAGCCGGGAGUUUUCAGUGUGGGGCCAGUGACAGGUGCAGAGCAGGGUCGUUAUACCUGUUUGUACCAAGUCAACAGAGGAGGAGAGCUGCAAAAUUCAACUGUCAGUAAUAUGGUGCAAGUCACUGUCACCGACCUGCUGCCCACCCCCAGCCUGGUCUUCCAGCAGCAGUCGGGCGUGUGGUACUUGCUGUGCCGUGGCUCGUCUGCGUACCCCGGCGCGGCCUUCUCUCUGUAUCUGCUGGACCAGGCUCAUCCUGUGGGCUUUCAUCAGGCAGACAUGACCCAAAACCAGGCCCUUUUCUCAGUGCCGGUCCAGGACGCUCCAGUGGCUCUGUACCAGUGUGACUACAGUGUCCUGCUGGGAACACAGUGGAGCAAAUCAGAGCGCAGCCUGCCUCUGUCUGUUUCACAAGGAAACAGUUCCACUCCUACGGCAGGUUCCUCUGCUAUAGACUGGCCCCUGGUUUUAGGCUCCCUCUCAGCUGUGGUGCUGUUCGUGUGCUCAAUAACCCUGGUCUCCGUGUUGAUACAGAGAAAAGUCAAGACAGCGGCUGAGUCCAAGAAGAAGAGAGUGGAGGCCCAGUUUUGGACUGAUGUUCACGGUAAAGACCAUGUAGUGGAUCUCACACUUCCACGUUCGAGCCUCGCUUCUCAGGAAUGGACAGAGUCUGCAUCAAGGUCCCAGCUGUGGAAUCCUCUGUCAACCUUUACAACUCCAAUUGUCCCAAACUAUUGA